AUGCCGCCCACCACCACCGCCGCGACCGCCGCCUCCGCCGGCACGCUCCUCGUCGGCCUCGUCGUCGCCGUGUGGCUCUCGUCGAGCGCCACGCACUUUGCGGCGGGCUACCUCAGGCGGACGGGGGAUUCGGGCGGGGCGAGGGCGGUGGUCAUCUUCUUCACGGCGCUGUCGAGCGCGCACACGGGCGUGUGGUGCUACGCGACGUACGGGUACGUCCGAGUCGACGCCGGGUGGGUGGGCGACGAGGUGACACCGGGUUGGGUCCUCACGGCACACCUCGCCAUCCUCGUCACCCUCUCGACCGUCGCACAAGCCUUCUUCGCCGCCGCGAGGCUCUCGACGCUGUACAGCGGUCGACGGCGAGCCGCACUCGUCGGGUCGGUCGCGCUCCUCAGCUGUGCGCAACUCGGGUUCGGCAUCGCGGCGACGUACUACUCGGUGCGCGCGCCCGGGCCUGAUGGGGGCCUGUUUGCCGUCGAGCUCGCGAGCGCGUACGGGUGGACGGGGCUGGCGAGGGCGGUGGCGGCGGUGCUGGGG